AUGUUGAUCUUGCAAAACUUGUGUUAUGACCGAUAUUUAAAUCAACGUCUUGUGUUAUUUCAAUUAUCUCGUGCAUUAGCAAAAUGUUCUUCCAUCACAACUACUGAGAAUAAUUCUACCUUAAAUUUUCUACUAGAAUUAUGUCCGAUUGGUAUUAUCGAAAAUAACAUUACCAAUCUUCAAUUUGAUGAACAUUUAAUUAACGGUUUAUUGGCUUUAUGCUUAUUAAUCUCAGAAUCACCUACAUCAUCGUUCGUUGCUCCAUCAGUUAACUGUUUAAGAUUAUUUAUUCAAAAUGUACUCUUCUCUUUGACGUGGAAACCAAAAUAUUUUUAUCAACACUUUCCCAUUAAUAAUAACAUUCGUAAAAAUGUCUCGAUUUCAACAACAAAUUUAUUUUUACACGAUCUUCCUCAAUCAGAAAUACUUAUUUUCUGUAUACAUAUGGCACUUAGCGAAGUAGCUGAACAUACAAAACAUAAGAGGCUAAUUAUUGAUAUACAUGAAACACAAAUACCUUUUCGAAAUUAUUAUCAACCUAAAACACAGUAUUCACCUUCAAAAAUAAGUAGUCAUAGUGCAGGUCUGGAAACAAAUGAUUAUCUCCCACACACAUCAAUAUAUCAAACUCAUACGACAACAAAAACAGCAACAAAUAAUGAUUUAAAUCAAAUCAAAUAUGAUUUAUUGUAUCUAAUUUAUUAUUUAAUGGGUAGUUUAAGAAGUUGUUGUAGAAGAGGUUUGUUAAAUAUCACAACACUAUCACAUUUAUUGUAUCCGAAACGAUAUGAUUUGGAUAAAACAACAAGUGCAACUGGAGAAUAUCGAAAUCCAUUUGAUUUAACAAUUGAAUCACCUUGCUUAUUAAAAGAAAAGUCAAAUCCAACGCAAGUCUAUAUGGAUAAUCGUCCGUAUGCUCGUCUAACAUUGUUAAUGUACGAAACACAUAUUCGUUUGAAUAAACGUAAAAUUGAACUGAAUGACAUUUUUUUACAAUCACCAAAAGAUUUAUUGAUUAGAACUUUAUUCGAUCUACCAUCAUCGAGUUAUCCAACUGAUUCUUUAUGUAAUAAAUCAGAUGAUUGUUCAAAUUACAUCAAAGAUUUGCGAGAAUAUUCUUAUCUGAUGGAUAAAAUCGUUCAGUUAUGGUUUGAAUUAAAUGAUUUAUUUUUUAAUGAAAAGUUUGUGCAAACAAUCGAUUAUUUUAUACCGUUAAAAAAGUUCAAUUAUCCAUUUAAUUGUAAAAAUUUGAGUUCAUUGUUAAUACAAACAACUCUCGGCUUUUUUCGUGACAUAUUUUUAUUGUUUGAUUGUGUUCCACAAGAAUUACAUGAAAAUGUUACAUUUGUCUUGGAUAAAAUUAGUACACAGCGUUUGCGAUCGUUUAAAUACAAAGUGAGUUUGAAUAGUUUACAUGAUUUAUUUCAGUUUGAUGAAAGUAAACCGGACACAACAACAAUACGCGAUAGAGAAGAGAAUGAAAUGAAGUUUAAAUCUGAUGCCUCAUCGAGUAGUAAACAAAACUCAUUGAAAGAUGAGUUCACACCAAGUUUAAUCACGACGAGUACGUCAAUAUCGACAUCAUCUAAAACUACAACGCCAUUUCAAACUGCUGACUUAUACCAUCCACAUUCAGCUACACCAACAUCACUAUUUCAAGCUCCUGAAGAAGUUAAUUUAUCCGAUCGAUUGAAGGGCUAUAAACAGUCGCUUUCAGCAUCAAUGCUACCAAACAUGAAAAUCUAUCCUAAAUCGCUAGAUCGAUCUUGCAAAGAUGAACAACAAGAAUUGGUAUCAAAUGGUUCGCAUUCAUUAACGGAGUCUUCUGUUCAAAUUGCAUCUAAUCAGAUAUCUAUGAAACGAGAAGCUCUGAAAUUUAAUAAAGUCGAUGAGAAUGAUGGUUUUCACCAUAUAUCUGAAAAUAAAAACGAUAAUUCUCAACGACGUCAUAGAAUUAGAAAUAUAUUUGCUCGUCUUCAAAAAUUUAAACGAGAUCAACAAAACGGUUCGACAAAUAAAAAACAAGACAUACCAGUAUUAUCCACUGAUGUUUUCGAUCUACCUCAAUUUUGUACGAAAUCUGUUCUAGUCAAUUCGUCAAUAUCAUCAACCGUUGAUAUUUGUGUUAAAGGUUCCGAUGAGGUAAUUGAUCCUAUUGAACAACCAGAACAUCAGCAUCAAGAAUCGAUUGUCUUAACAGAAGAUGAUUAUUGGUGUGAAGCAUGUAUUCAAAUCAAUUUGUUACAAAUAAAAUAUUUCCUGAUACACUCUUAUAAAGAUGAAAGUAGAAAAAUACAAUGUUUCGAAGAUAUGUUUCGACAAAUUGAGACUAUUUUAACAAUUCAUAUUUAUUAUUAUCAAUCGUCAUUAAGAGCACAAGUAUUACUUGUCAUUGGUAUGCUUCAAACUCUUGUGCUCAUUGUUCGUGCCUAUAAUCAAUAUUCUCAACGUUCAAUCAAUAUCAUACAAUCAGUUUUUAGUCGUAUCUCUAAAAAUUUUAUGUAUUUAUUAAAAAUAACUGAUGCAACAUUUUUGUUGAACGUCAGUUGUAUGCGAACACGUUUAUUAGAUCGUUAUAUCAAAAGGAUCAUUCGAGAAAAACAAGCAUCACUAGCCAAACUACGGGAAGAACAACGAAAAUCGAAUGUUCGUUUAUAUAAAUCGAAUCAUUCCUAUUUAUCUCCCAAACUGUACAGUCCAUAUCACAAAAUGAGAUCGAGGGCGAAAAAGAAACUAAUGAAUGCUCCAAAAGAUGUGACCUGUGCUUACACACUCGUGAGAAAUGCUGUAACUAUAUCAUUGCGUUCAAUUAUUGAUCAUACAAAUCCAAAACCAAGAUAUAUUCUAUGUCCACUAUUUGAUUAUAAAUUUGACACUAAUAUUCCUCAAACACCCAUAACUAACAUCAAAGAAAAGUAUCGACUAGGUCAAUCGAAUAAUGAACUAAUACCAGUACAACGAAUAGACACAGAUCCACUGGUAUUACCAUUUGCUGUUCAACAAAAACAAGAUUAUCAUCAAGAGAUUGACUACUUUUAUAAACAUGUUAACUUAUCUACCAAAAGCAGUUUAUUUAGUGAUUUAAGUAUACAGCGUUCAUUAUUAUUGGAAUAUUUAAUUAUUGAUCAAACUAGUUUAAAUUUAACAAUUGUAGAAAAGUCUUUAUAUCUGACAACGAUUCAUACACUUGUUGAUAUUAUUCGUCAUACAUCAAAAUCAUUAAUACAGAAAUCACAAUGGGCUAUAACAAGUCAAAUACAGCAAAUAUUGACUUUACCAACAGAUGAUCUAUUUCGAGAGGCAGAAAAAAUUGAAGAAGAGAAUGGUAGUAACACACAGUUAAUAUCAUUGCGAGUGAAGCGUGUGCAAUUAAUUGAGCCGAAAACGAAGAACAAAUGUCAUAUACAAAUAAAAAAUCAAGAACAAAGACUCUUUAGUCGUUCAAUGGCAGCGUUAUUGAAUUUAUCUGUCAUUAAUUCAAAACCCUCUCCAUUAGAAACAUCAAGUGCAUUAUUAAGAAUUUUAUUGGAAUUAUUCAUUAGUCUAGUGUUGUUGGUAUUUAACGAAUUAAAAACAUUACAAUGGUCUAAAUCGUACUUAAUUCGAAUCGGACAAUUGAUACCGGCUAUCGGACAUGUAACACAGUCAAUACUGUUAUCACAAAUCGAUUCGAGAUUAUUACGAUUAUUUAGAGAAUUUUGGCUAGUAUGUGCGUUGAAUAAAUUUACAGAGAAUGAUGAUACUUUACAUACGAAUUGUAAAUCCACUAGUAGCAACAUGAGUAUAGCUAGAAAUAAAUUCAAAAUUAGACAAAAAAAUGCAAAUAGAGACGACAUCCAAUAUCCUGUACAAUGGACUUACUGGUUAUCACAAAUUGCCCUAAAUUCGCCCAUUCUUUGUGGUGAAAAUGAAACCUUAAAUGAGAUUGAAUCGAUGGCAUUAUUUAAACCAGAAUUAUUAAAUGAAAUAGAAAUUUGUUCAUUGCGUAAAUUAACUGUGAAUAAAUAUGUUAAUUUUGGUCAUCUACGACGAACAAUUAUCGAUCGCUUACCGUAUGGUCAAUGUUGUUUUCUUCUCGCCACAAUGGCAUUGGAAACACAACGUUUUAGAGAAAUGUCAAAUCAUAAAACGAUUAUUUCUUGUUUUACCUAUUUAGAACGUAGUACAAUAUUAGAUUCACAUUCAUCUUUAUGGCAUUGUUUAGCUACAUACAUCUCAAAUAUAUUUGAAAUGUAUAUUAUCGACUCCAAACAUCGACAUCGUACAUCAAAUUGGGAUCAAGAUAUAAUUAAAGUUAGCCUAUUCUUAGCCGUACGAUCGUGUCAUCUUAUUAGACAAAUACGUUUAUUUUCAUGGCACUGCUUAAUUCGAUUAUUUUCGAAUGAUGUCUGUCCACAUUUAUUUUGGAAUUAUAAUGUACUGUCAUUUUUCACGCAAUUAUUGAGAUUAUUGUAUAGAAGUAUAAACGAAAUUCAUAUUAGCCAAUCUCAUCAGUAUGUAACAGCUCCGAAUACAAAAUAUUGGAUACGCUUUUUUGAUAACAUGGUAGAACGUCAGCUAUUGCACAAACAAUUUGAACAAUUUUUUAUUCGAAUAUUAAUGCAUAACAUCGCAUUUGUACCGCUUACUACAUUAUCUCAUAUUCAACAUAUUGCAUACAUAUCUUACAUUGUCGAUGAAAAAGUAUUAAUGGAAUAUAUUCUGGAUUUAACAAUGAAAACCAUCGUCAAUUUUACAUCACAACCUUUGCCUGUGAAACCAACAACAUCAACAUUGUCUAUAGCAGCAAAUUUUUUACUGGAAAAAAACAAUAAAAAAAGAAGACCAACUUCAGCGUUUGAUGAUGAUACAGUACGUUAUCCGCAUCCGAAAAACCACAUUAGAAAUACUCCAGAUCAAACUAAAAUAAAUGGGAAUAAUGGUGUUGGUUUGACCCAUGAUGAAUAUCUCAACGAAACAUUAAAAAAUCCAAUUAUUAUUGAUAAUAUAAAUGAUAUACAAUACGAUAUAUCUUCAUCCACAUUUACUCUUUUACCUGCUGGAAUCGUGAAAUCUGUCACAUCAUCAUAUAUUCCAAAUAAAAACUUUUUCCAUAAUGUCCAUGACUGUUUUAGUUCAUUUGGUUAUAUUGAUAUGCUACGUAUAAAAUAUGAGAAUGAGUUUUUAUUAAAACAGCUAAAUCAACAACAACAACAUGAAGCACAAUCAAAAAUAUUAAAAGAACCUUUACUAAUAAAACAGACAAUAACGAAAGAUAAACAUGCACAAUUUUUAUUGCCUUCCCGGUCACCAUCGUUCGCGUCGCCAUCAUCUGUCACUGAACGAUCUCUGUCAUACACUUCAUCCGCUCAAUCGUUCCGCUUAGAAGAGGGAAUGAAUUAUCAGUAUGAAUAUUGUAAUUUAAAUACAUAUAUUAAUAAAUCCAAUGAAUUUCCUAUCGAAAAAGACGAAUUAAAAGAUAAACAUCCAUCAUCGUUGUUAUUUGAAAAAUAUACGAGUAGCAUAACGCGUGAUCAUCUACCCAAUAAUCAAAUAAAAAAGUACAUUUUUGAUCAAUUAUCUAGUCUAUUCGAUCUCACGAUAAAUAAAAUAAAAUCAAUGAACAAAAAUAUUGCAAUUAUAAAAAAUCAAAAUAAUGAUGAUACAACAUUGACAAUGUUUGAUAGUUCUGGCACACUUUCAUUAUUUCAUAUGGAUCAAUAUGAAAAAUUAGAUUUAAUUCCAAUACACAUCAUUUCGUUUCGUCUCGCCGCUGCUAUAUCAUCGGGUUUGAAUACGACAAAUGAGCGUAUAUUAAUUCGAAAAAUAGCCACUAUCCCACUACAUGUGUUCACUUAUAAUUCGGUUGAUUCAAUGUUAACAGCACUCAUGUUCGUCAUAUCAUCACGACCAAAUUUAACAUUAGUAGUAUUACGAGAAAUAUUCGAAGCAUUUUUAAUGACAGCUAAAUUAAAAAUGGGUUUAUUCUCAAAUAUGAGUACGCCGAACGAUGAAUAUCAAUUUUUAUAUCAAACAUGUAUGAAUAUAUUACCGCAUACAACAUAUUCUUUUGAUUUAGCACAUCGUCACUGGCUAGAUUUUGUUUUUGAACGUUUACGAUAUUCAUUAAAUACCAACGAUGAUGAAUUAGAAAUAAUUGGAACAUUUUUUAUUCAAUUAUUACGUCAUCAUAAAAUUAAAAUAAAUUAUUCUGAAUAUUAUGCAUCGACAUUAUUUCGUUUAUUAUCGAUUGUUUUAUCAUUAUGUCAAAAUGAGCGUACAGAUAAUUUAACAAGUGUAGUGUUAAAAAUUGAUGUUUAUGAUUGUAUAUUUCAAUAUUUUUCUAAAUUAAAUGGUCAAAAUUUUCCGAUAAUGAAUAGUACACACACAAUUGAAACGAUCAAAACUUUGAUCAAAUUUAUGAAUUAUAUCGAUAAGGAUAAAAGAAUUAAAUAUAAUGAAAUUAUUCCAAAAUUAGGUAUAUCACUUAAUCAGUGUCGUAUAUUAUCUUGUCUGUUAUUAUCAUGUGAAAUCGAACAUUUUUUUCAAUAUUUAUCUCCUCGAAUUGAUAUUUCUGAUCAUAAUUUUGUUACAACAAAACAACUAUUUCAACAAGAACAUUUUGUACCGGUAAAUGUGGCCACAUUUAACUCAAAUGAUUGGAAAAAAAUUGUUCAACUGUGUACUCAAAUAUCAUCAACACUAACCAUUAACGUGCGUUUAAGAUUUAGUCACAUAUUGGCGGUACGUGAAGCAUUUGAACAUCAAAUCGAUUUAUCUAUAUGUUUAUUAAAUUGUCCAUUGUUGAUUAGUUCACUUUAUUCCACGUUAUUAAAACCGAUAUAUCAUCAAAAUGCAUUCACCAGUUCAUCAUUUGAUGCGUAUUGUGCUCUAAACAUGGUUCUAACAGGAAAAUGUACUUCGACUUCGAUGCUCAUGGCUGCCAGAUUUUGGUUGAACGUUCAUCCAUUUUUUAUUCGAGACUUUCUUUUAUUGAUAUCUUACUCGUUAAAAUAUGAUCAAACAGGACUAUUAAAUGAAAUUAUUUCUCUAAAUCCAAACAUCAUCAUUUCGUCCAUCGACUAUUAUACGUGUACAUGUUUAACAUCAAAUGAUGCUUGCUCACAAUGUUAUCGUUUACAAAUAAAAUUACAACAAUCUAAAACAUUAUCAACGACUUAUUCUACCAUAAAUUCACUCGUCAAUACAACCAAUUACACCCAGAUUUUAUUUCAUUAUCGACAUUCAACAAAUCAUUUGUAUCCACUAUAUAAUUUUUUACAAAAUCUGUUUGGACACAUUUAUCAGUUAAAUUCGGCAUCUGUAUGUAGCCAUUGUUACAAAAUAUUAACGUAUCAAUCAAAGCAAUCAACAAAUAGGAAAAAUAAUUUGCUAUGUCUCGAAGUGCCUUUUGAUAUUAUGUCAUUGGUAGAUUUUGAACAAAAUUCCAUUGAUAUUAUUGAUUAUUACACAAUAUUGGCUAGAGAAAUGACAUUAAAUCACUUAUUUGAACAAAAACAAAAGAUAGCCAGUCGAACAAUCGUACAAACAACAACAACAAACAGUGAAAAAGAUCAUUUUUCUUUUCUUCAACAAACUUUUUUAAAAUGCUAUUCAUCAUUAACUGUAUUUUCUUAUAUAUGUCCUUUAAUUGAUUUAAAUAAUCGAGGGACAAUGUUUACAUACGAUGGGCAUAUUGUACCCAUUAUUCGAACUGAAGCAAUUGAUAAUAUAAAUAGUCGAACAGCACGAAAGAAAAGUGAAAGUCAACUAUUACCACUUUAUGCAUUGUUGAUGAUGGGUGGUGAUGUGAAAACAUUACUUUAUGAAAAUUAUGAAGAUUACUGUGUGAAGGCCUACAUGGCAUUGUUAUCUUAUAGACACCAGUUAUUAUCGUUGUUAAAAUGGAUGUCAUCUAUUCCCGAAUAUCAACAUAUCCAUUCGUAUAUCACAGAUAGAUUAAAUCCAAAUCAAAAUGAAUAUAGUUUAAUACACUUAUUUUUAAACACGCUAAGAUUAUCAACAGAAGCGUACAGAAAAAAGGAACUAAUUGAAUAUAGUGAAAAAUAUGCAAUUUCUACGGCCUAUAAAUAA